AUGCUCGUAGAUGAGGUAAACGGUGUGCGACAGAACGGCGACACCAACGGCAGCACCAAUGGCGAACUUAAUGGCCAUGGUCCAGCCAAGCGCCGUGAAACCAACGGCUCACGACACAGCUCCGAAGUCUGCGUCGUCGGAGCUGGACCUGCCGGCUUGAUGUUGGCUACUUUACUAGCUAGAUUCGGCAUCAGUGUCGAAGUCAUAGAUGAGAGACCCGAUCAGACUCAAGCUGGUCGUGCUGAUGGGUUACAACCCAAGACGAUAGAGACCCUGCGUCAACUCAGACUCGCAGAUGGCCUACUAAUGAGAGGCGCUAAGGUGUAUGACAUAUGCUUCUGGGAAGCCACUGCAAACCGCCGAUUAAGACGUCUAGGCCGUGAGAUCCAUUAUCCGGCACUAGUUGUUGAUCUUCUCGAUGACUAUAUCCUCCUAGUUCAUCAGGGGGUUGUGGAAGGGGUCUUCAUAGAGGAUCUCGUAAAGCGGGGUGUCCAAGUGAAGCGCAGUCAUCAAUUCCAAUCUUUUAAAAGACAAGAGGAUGAUGCAGGCUUGUUAGAGAUUGAGUGCAAGGCCACAAGCACCGGGGAAAAGGAGACGACAUUAUCCAAAUAUAUAGUCGGAUGCGAUGGCGCCCGAUCUAAGGUGCGAACCUGCAUACCAGACACAUAUUCAGUAGGCAAAUCUCAUGAAUCUGUGUGGGCUGUGCUCGAUGGAGAACUCAUUUCAGACUUCCCGGACCUCUGGUCUAAGACGGUCGUCUAUAGUGAGGUACACGGUUCCAUACUCAUUGUCCCGCGGGAACGGGGCACUACUCGAUUCUACGUCGAGAUCAAACCGGAUACCGAGACCGGCAACUUACGAGAACUCGGACAAGAGUUCGUCAUGAAACGUGCCAAGCAAAUCUUGGCGCCGUACUCGGUUGAAUGGCGUACCGUGGAAUGGUUCGGCAAUUAUCAGAUCGGACAGCGAAUAGCAAACAAAUUCACCGAUCCGCAUCUGCAGGCUUUUAUUGCCGGAGAUGCAAGUCAUACGCAUUCACCCAAGGCUGCACAGGGUAUGAACACCAGUAUGCACGAUAGCUGGAACCUUGCGUGGAAAUUGAACCUCAGUUCGAGGGGUUUAGCUAAGCCGGUUCUACUCGAAUCAUACGAGAUGGAGCGUAGAAAGAUUGCUCACGACCUCAUCAACUUCGAUUAUGAGCACGCUAAUAAGAUGGCCGGUGGUGACGCCAAGGCCUUAGCCGAGAACUUCCGCACAAACGUGCGAUUUAUCUCAGGAGUCGGCGUCGAGUACGACCACAACGUACUUAACCAUCCGUCCAAGCGCAGUGGAGGCGAGCUGAGGCCGGGAUGCCUCGUUCCGCCUGCUAAGGUAACACGAUAUAUCGAUGCGAAUCCGAUCGAUGUCCAGCUUGACAUUCCCAUGUUGGGCCAAUUUAGGGUGUACUUCUUUGUGCCAGAUAUCCACAAUAGCAUGCCGUUCCUCCAGACUUUCUGCAAUGGAUUGACAAGGCAGGACUCAUUGUUUAGGAAACUGAGUCAAGCCGCCGCGGCCAGCUAUUUGGAAAAGCCACGAACACCCACCUCCGAGGACGUUUAUAUACGUUCAGAGAGAUACACAAGCGUGAGCGAGCUUACAACGUUUGCACUUAUUACGACUAUGGAGAAGGCCAGAGUUGAGAUCCAAGAUCUGCCCCCCCUCUUCGCUCGAAGCGCAUGGUCAUUCUACCUAGACAAUGUGCCAUACCUAGACACGCGCAGACAGACGUGUACGAGCAAGUGGGUAGGAACUCUACAGAAAGAUGAAGUUUCCAUCGUGAUCCUACGACCGGAUGGCUACGUUGGAUCGAUUAGUAGAUGGGAUUCGCUGGGUGUUAACGCUGGUUCAACAGCUGCCGAUUGGCUCAAUUCCUAUUACGACGGAUUCCUUAAGGUUCCUGACGAGAAAGCGAGGUAA